GAAGAAAGUACAAAUGUUGAUUGUUACAGAAAAGGUAGCAUUGACAUAAAAAAUAUGGAGUGUGACAUUCGUAGUCAAGAUAGAAAUGCUUCUUCAGAUAGUGAUGUGUAUAAUGUAUCUUCACAUGAAGAUAUAUUGGAAGGAGAAAUUGUUAGUUCCUGCAGCACAGAAGUGCAUACAUUGAAUGCAGAAUAUGCAGAAUGCAUUAACUCUUUAAUGACACGCAAUGUAGAAGAAAGAAAUGAUAACAGUGCCCUGAAAGUUCAGUCUCUGACGUCAAACGAUAUUUUCAAGAAAUCACUGGCAAAUAUUGAUCUUGAUUUGAUACCAUUCGUUCCAGAGAACCUUGUUAUGAUAAAAACGUUACUUUUCAAUAGCAAAACUGAAAUUAUUAGUUUGCGACGUAAGAUUAAUACAGAAAAAAUGAAAAUGUAUCGAUUUAAAAAGAGAGUUAAAUCCUUAACUUCUCUCAUGAAGCAUAAUAAGGACAUAAGUGAAAACAUUUCAAAUCUUCUACAAGUGAGUGCAUGAACAAGAAAUGUACAAUUUAUGUUAUACAACAAACUAUAUUUACUAAUGCUUAUUUUAAUAAUCAUGCAAAAUAAACGGGUGAAUAUUUUGUAUCACAUAAAAUGUGCUUGUAUAUACAAACAAAUUGUUUGUAAACCUGUUUUUAAUUCAUAACUACUUUGCAAAAUUUGAAAUAUAUCAGUUUUUUUU